CAGGUACUCAGGUACGUCUCAAGUCCAUGUCCUCCAGACUCAGCAUCCAGCUCACCGCUGCCAACACGAUUUCUACUGUACUCUUGAUCAAUUUACCUUGAUGCACCGGUGAAGAACGGGGAUUCGAAUUUCCCUACGAACGCCUCCAGCUUGUAGAGGCGGUCGUGGAGGACCCAGAGGAGGGGACGAAGGGGAAGGAGGCGGUGGUGGAGGAGGCAAAGGCCUUGGACGACCAUUGUUGGCGAGGGGCACCACUCUGGGAGAGGCGGUGCUGGGCAUCUCGGGGGUGAGCGCUGGGAGCCUGCAGCGGGACCAGCGUGGGAACGCGGCUGGCAGGCUGUGGACCGCGUCCUCACCACCAUGGUCGGGUUCCUCUUGGUUUUUCUCCCAGCGAUAUUUUUGGAAGUGUCCCUUCUCCCCAGAAGCCCCGGCAGGAAGGUGUUGCUGGCGGGAGCGUCGUCUCAGCGCUCGGUGGCCAGAAUGGACGGAGAUGUCAUCAUUGGAGCCCUCUUCUCAGUCCAUCACCAACCUCCGGCCGAGAAAGUGCCCGAGAGGAAGUGUGGGGAGAUCAGGGAGCAGUAUGGUAUCCAGAGGGUGGAGGCCAUGUUCCACACGUUGGAUAAGAUCAACGCGGACCCAGUCCUUCUGCCCAACAUCACCCUGGGCAGUGAGAUCCGGGACUCCUGCUGGCACUCUUCCGUGGCUCUGGAACAGAGCAUUGAGUUCAUUAGGGACUCUCUGAUUUCCAUUCGAGAUGAGAAGGAUGGGCUCAACCGGUGCCUGCCUGAUGGCCAGUCCCUCCCCCCCGGCAGGACUAAGAAGCCCAUUGCGGGAGUGAUCGGUCCCGGCUCCAGCUCUGUAGCCAUUCAAGUGCAGAACCUGCUCCAGCUCUUCGACAUCCCGCAGAUCGCUUAUUCAGCCACAAGCAUCGACCUGAGUGACAAAACUUUGUACAAAUACUUCCUGAGGGUUGUCCCUUCUGACACUUUGCAGGCAAGGGCCAUGCUUGACAUAGUCAAACGUUACAAUUGGACCUAUGUCUCUGCAGUCCACACCGAAGGGAAUUACGGGGAGAGCGGAAUGGACGCUUUCAAAGAGUUGGCUGCCCAGGAAGGCCUCUGCAUUGCCCAUUCUGACAAAAUCUACAGCAAUGCUGGGGAGAAGAGCUUUGAUCGACUCUUGCGCAAACUCCGAGAGAGGCUUCCCAAGGCCAGAGUGGUGGUCUGCUUCUGCGAAGGCAUGACAGUGCGAGGACUCCUGAGCGCCAUGCGGCGCCUCGGUGUCGUGGGCGAAUUCUCACUCAUUGGAAGGUAA